AUGAAGAAGCAGUACAGUGGUGACAGUAAGAACCAGACCACCUGGCUGAUCCUAGCGGGCUUCAGGGAACUGCAACACCUGGGCGUCCUUCCCUUCACCCUCUUUCUGGCCAUCUAUGUGGUGACAGUCGGGGGCAACGCCCUCCUCAUGCUGGCUGUGGCCUCUAGUCGGACACUCCACACACCCAUGUACUUCCUCUGCCACUUCUCCCUGCUGGAGAUUGGCUAUACCUCCAACAUCAUACCUCGGCUGUUGCAGAGUUUCCUGGAAGGGAGGGAAGUCAUCUCACUAGUCAGCUGUCUGGUCCAGUUCUACAUAUUUGCUUCGUUGGCUGCAGCCGAGUGCCUCCUGCUCUCUGUCAUGUCCUAUGACCGUUACUUGGCCAUCUGCCAUCCCCUUCGCUACCCUGUCCUGAUGAGCACCUGGUUUUGUAGCAGUCUGGCCGCUGGUGCUUGGCUCAGUGGCUUCUUUUUCUCCGCCUUCACUCUAGCCCUAGCAGCCACUCUUUCCCUCUGUCCUGGAAGCAGAGAGAUUGACCACUAUUUCUGCGACUUCUCUCCAGUUGUAGGGCUAUUCUGCGGGGAUGUGGGGGUCAUGUGGGGAGCUGGAGUCACUAUCUCAGGCUUCCUGACACUGACCCCCUUCUUACUGAUUGUGGUAUCCUAUACCCUCAUCUUAAGGGCUGUUUUGCAAAUACCUUCAGGCCAUGGGAGGCAGAAAGCCUUCUCCACCUGUUCCUCCCACCUCUGUGUGGUUGGGGUGUUUUAUGGCACCCUCAUUGUGGUCUACGUGGCCCCAACAGACCACACGGCCCCCUUGCUUCGAAAGGCCUUCUCUGUCUUCUACACGGUGCUCACUCCCAUGGCCAACCCCAUCAUCUACAGCCUCAAGAACCAGGAGGUGAAGGGAGCUCUUCGUAGGCUCUGGGAACAGCUUUUCCCAGGACACACCUCACUGACGGGGACAGGACCGCUACUGACUUCUUCCUGGAUUUCAGCUUAG